AAAUCACGUGUAAGUAUUUCCGGUUUGGAGCGACGUCACAGCUACCUGGAAGUGACUUCGGCCACAUUGUUGUCAUGAAAACUUAAAUCUCCGGGACCACGUGUCCGCGUGAAGGACGACCUUCACACAGACGGGGGUCAAGAGGUUAAACGUGCCGUCAGACAGACGGAGAAUGAUUCAACACACGCUGCGCGCGAGCCGACGUGCCGUCUCGGCCGCUCUGCGCCGCUUCUCCGAGACUUCCGGUGGAGAAAUCACUGAGGAGGACGGACUUGAACGGACCGGCUCUCCCGCAGAGCAGGCGUCCCUCUACGUGCACUGGCCGUACUGCCUCAGACGGUGCUCCUACUGCAACUUUAACAAGUACAUAUCCAGAGAGGACAACGACCACAUCAUGACUGAGUGCAUCCAGCGGGAGACUGAGACGUUGCUGCGGCUCAGUCAGGUCUCCUGCAUCACCUCCGUGUUUUUUGGUGGUGGGACUCCGAGCCUGGCUCACCCCUCGACCAUCGCCGCUGUCCUCCAAACUGUUUCAAGGUGGGCGCGUCUCUCGGAUAAGGCCGAGGUCACGCUCGAGGUCAACCCUACUCCUGUAGGAAAGUCAAAGUUAGAGGACUAUUGCCGUGCAGGGGUGAACCGUUUCUCCAUCGGGGUCCAGUCUUUGCAGGAUGAGGAUUUGAAAAUUCUGGGACGAGACCACAGCUCUCAUCAGGCUUUGCAAACUGUCGAAGAGGCCAGGAGGCUGUGCCCCGGGAGGGUGUCGGUGGAUGUCAUGUUCGGUCGGCCCAAACAGAGCGUUGAAUCCUGGGAGAACGAGUUGUCCGAGCUGUUGAGGGUGUGCGACGACCACGUGUCUCUGUACCAGCUGACCUUGGAGCGUGGCACCCGUCUGUUCAAACAGGUGCUCGGAGGAGAGGUGACCGUGCCCGCCGAAGACGUGACAGCAGAGAUGUACCGGUGUGCAAGGAGGACUCUCCAGCAGCGCGGCUUUCUGCAGUACGAGGUCUCUAACUUUGCAAGACAUAAGGCAGCGAGUCAUCACAACACCAGCUACUGGAAGGGAAGACAGUACAUCGGCGUCGGCCCAGGAGCACACGGGCGGUUUGUUCCUCUGGGGGAGGGAGGGGUCCAUCGGGAGGCGCGGACCCAGACCCUGGAGCCUGACGUCUGGAUCCGUGAAGUCCGUCAGAGGGGACAUGGGACACGUAGGCGGAUUCAACUCGGCCAUCUUGAACUAUUGGAGGAGGUGUUGGUGAUGGGAUUGAGAAUGACAGAUGGCAUUAAUCACGAGCAUUGGGAGAUGUUUAGCCCUCACCUGGGUCUCCGGGAAGUCUUUGGCACAUCCAGAGAGGUCCAAGAGUUGCUCCAGAGUGGACAACUCAUUCUUGAUGACAGAGGUUUGCGCUGCUCCUGGGAUGGACUGGUCCUACUGGACAGCAUGCUGCCAGCUCUACUGGUGGAACUGGAAAGACAAAUCGGUCCGAGCCUACAAAGGGAUCACCACACUGAUGGAUCACCACACUGAUGGAUCACCACACUGACCUCCAGCCCUCGAUGAGAGCAAUGUUAAUACAGCAGAUAACUUCAGAGAAGGUGUGUUUGUGUUAGACUCACAGUAAACAUCUGCCUGAAAACAGGCAGAUGUUUACAAUAGUUCAAUAUUUAAUGACUUAUUUAAGGCGUUGCCAGUUUUCACAUUGUAUAAAGUGUAAAUUGUGUUACUUUGCUGUGCAGCUGACAUGGGAAUAGUCUCUUAUUUGACCCUGUUAAUAGAGAAAUGAAACCGGCUCCACAGGCAUUUAUUUGAUAUUGACUGGUUUGGAUGAGAAUAUAUUUUUUUCAAGUCUCCUGGUGCUAUAAAACAAUUAUUGCUUGUGCUGAACAUUUCUCUGAAAGUCAUAUCAUCUAAACGUGAUUAUUUCUCUCCCCGCACACAAGGAAUAGUGUUUUAUUCUUUAAAUGGACGUCAACUCUCUUGGAACAUUCAUGUAUUAACUGAUCCAUCUUAUAAACAGUUAACUUG